AUGCAGCGAGCUACCUCGCAGAGCUCACCUCUCUUCCUCUCGCUGACUUGGAAGCUCAGCCGACCGAAUUAUCAUCAUCAUUGGCACAGCUCACGAACAUCUUCUCUGUCAUCGCUAUCCUCAUCCUUGGAUGCUCUCAUCUCAUACCUCCCAGCCUUCGAGAACUCUGCACGUUCCAUCGCGAAAGACACACGCGAAAUGAAAAAGGAGCGACGCAAAGCCGCACUCGUUCUCGAGCAUGAUGGCAAGCUCUACGCCGUGCUGUCCCUACUCCUCUUGCUCGAUUUCUGCGUCAGGAACCACAACUAUGCCGAUGUGCUCCUUCUCGCACUCCGCUCCAAUUCCCUCUCCUAG